CCAGGCGCGAAGGGACGCAACUGCGUUCGGGCGGUAUUUUAGGGAAGACAUGUUGGUACUGCUGCACUAUACUCUGGUUGUAACGUGGGCUGUGAAUGCAUGGAGAUCGUUAUGCUUCGCCCAGACUGGCUCGUUCUCUUGAUCCUACUAACAAGUAUUUCUAUAACAGUUGAUGGGAAAGUUACAAGCUACACUGCGGAUGAGAGUCACGCCCACCUGCCAGUUGUCACAUGGUGGGAGGCGAUUAGUGAUCAGGCUGAUUACGUGAUCUCCUGUAAGGCGGAGCAGAGAUGUGUUGUGUCCAGGAACAAGACAACACCGCGCCGACAGGAGAUCAUGGUGUAUGGAUUUUAUGGUACCCUUUUCCUCUCGAGUGGCCUCCCAUUGCCUAGGAAAGCUGGCGACCUUUGGGCACUUAUUCACGAGGAGUCACCGAAGAACACUGAUUGGAUGUUUACGUUCGCUAGCGUCCUGGAGGUGUUUAACUACACUGCAACCUUUCAGCGAGGAUCUGACUAUCCGAUCCCCACGCACUGGCUUGCGAAUGAAGAGUCAUUGCUGAGUAAGAAAUAUUUAAUCCCAACCGACAGAAAGAACCUGUUGAGAAGAGAGGAAGGUUUAGCUCCCAUUAUAUUUGUCCACACCGACUGCAGCACACCAUCUAACAGGGAGCAGUACGUCAUGAUGCUCCAGAAAUACGUCCAUGUUGAUUCGUACGGCGAUUGUCUUCACAACAAGGACUUUCCAGAGGAAUUCAAAGAUUUGGAUGGUAUAGCCGGUUACAUGAAGGAUAACUUCCUUAAACUGGUUGCCCGCUACAAGUUUGCAAUAGCUUUUGAGAACGCCAGAUGUGAGGACUACAUCACGGAGAAGUUGUGGCGCCCUCUACAGGCCGGAACUGUCCCUAUAGUACUCGGCUCGCCUAAAGUCCAGGAGUUUUUGCCAUCCAACAAGUCAGCGAUUCUCGUGGAAGAUUUCAGUAGCAUUAAAGAGCUGGCCGAGUUCAUCAAACAUCUGGACCAGAAUGACGAAGAAUACGAGUCAUACCUAAAAUUCAAAGAUUCGGGAAUUUCAAACCCAACUUUGAAAUCAGAACUUAGCCGUCUGCCACCCGCCAAUUUUGUUGGUGAGACCUUCGCCAAGGCUCUUAUAGGUUAUGAAUGUUUUCUGUGCGACAGAGUUUACGAAGCACUAGAGGCCACGGGAUCCGGCCAACCUCUCCCGAAGGCACAAGCUAAUCAGAACCAUAUGAACUGUCCAUUGCCAGCAACAAAAUUUGACGAAAACGGUCACAGUGUCCAUGACCCUCUUCGUGAUCGUGAAUUGGCCUUCUACCAUAUCAAUGCAAAGCUCUUCCGCCAGUCCUAUGACAUGGGUAAAAACAUCUCUGAUCACGACCUCUAUAUAGCAGCCACGCAAAGGUGGAAAGAAGCAGAAAUGGAACACAAGAACGAAUUAUGAUGUAUGUUUUAAGUAUAAUGAAUAAAAGGGGAACUAUUUUUUAUAUAUUAA